ACGAGACGUUUCAUUAAACUCAUUGUCCAAUAUAAAGAUAAGGGAGACAUUGGUAUACGUUUGUUGAUAAGAAGCGAUAUCCUAUAAUUGACAGAACAGAAUGGGACAUGUAACACUUUUUUGUCUCUUUUUUAAGAUUUGUAUUAUGUUGUUGGUACACGUAAACGGACAACAUUCUGUCAAUGACGCUAUUUCGUUUAGAUAUCUUGCGAAUGUGAAUCAUCUGCUAUGCCUUAAAAUAUACCAUGACUGUUACAUGUAUAACACUACGAAACAGGAUCAGAUUGACAUGCACGGCACACUAACAAUGAUGGGCGUAGAGGCAAAAGUUUUGAAGAUGGUCACUGAAGAUCGUGCAACUCACUUCAAAACUGCAUCUAAGGAUCAUUACAAACAUGACUUAAGGUCAUUUAAUGGUUAUUGUCUGCAUGGAAGUGCCAAUCUAUGGGUAUAUAAAAGUCCUGUGUUUUGAUUUCUGGUGUUGAGACAAGUUUGAUAAAUAAAUAGUGAAUUAGUA